AUGGUGGACAACCUGUUUAAAGUUAAACAAGGUUAUACGUUGCCUAGUCUUCCUGCAAAUCAAUCUCUGCAGUGUGUGGCGAAUGAUUUCAGUGAGUUUUUUUCUUCCAAAACUCUAGCUUUGAGGAACAAUUUACAGAACUCUGGUUUACCAUUGCUGCUGCAGAUGUCUGUUACUAUUGAUUGCGUUCAAUGUGAUGUUUCUUUUACUAAAUUCUCGAAAGUAUCAGAGAAUUAUGUUAAAAACAUUAUUAAACAAUCCAAACCUAAGUCCUGCAUGCUUGAUCCAGCACCUACAAAUGUUAUAAAGCAAUUGGUCGAUAUUCUGGCAGGUCCACUCACCCGAAUUAUAAACACUUCGCUCACGUCUGGGAUUUUUCCAUCAUCCUUGAAGAAAGGUGUUAUUCUUCCAUCUUUCAAGAGACUUGAACUUGAUUUUAAUAUGUAUUCGAGCUAUCGUCCAAUCACAAAUGUUGCUUUCCUAUCCAAAACCCUUGAACGAGUAGUUUCUACCCAAAUGACGAGCUACUUUAUCGAUAACCACCUUCUUGCUAAGCGACAGUCUGCAUAUCGAAGUUUCUACAGCACUGAGACUGCUCUUCUUCGUGUUUUUAAUGAUGUCUUGUAUGCCAUUGACGAUCACCAAGAAAUAGUCUUGGUCCUUCUCGAUUUAUCUUCAAUAUUUGAUACCAUUGAUCACACGUUGUUGUUGGAAAGACUUAGUUACCGUUACGGAAUAAAUGGCACAGUGUUUGAAUGGUUCAAGUCCUAUCUUCUGGAUCGUACUCAAUCUGUGAAAGUCAAAGAUGCUUUAUCGAAUGAUAAGAAGCUACUGUUUGGCUUCCCCCAGGGAUCAGUUUUGGGACCAAUUUUGUUUUCCUUAUUUUUUGCACCAAUGGAAGAUGUCAUCACCGCCCAUGGUUUAAGCUGCAUGAUUUAUGCUGACGACUCCCAGCCCUAUGUAAUUCUUGAUCCCAAGAAAAAUCGAGAUUCUAUGCUUUCUAAGAUUGAGUUAUGUAUAAAAGAUAUUCUCAUUUGGUGUGCAAAAAAGGUCUUACUUGUGAUCCUGACAAGACUAAAGUUCUCCAUCUCACGUCUCGGUUUACCAAGGAUUAUGAAGUACCCCUUAAGAUAA